GAGUCCCAUAAGUCAGUUAACCUGCCAUCGUCGUGCUGUAACCCGUGACUAUCUCAGUAGUCUACAAGAAGGUGACCUCCGUGACGGUUGAGAAGUGGGAGUGCUGUGGUUGUGAGUUGCUGUUACCCGAAGAUGUCUGACCCAAUUAAAGUGUUGGUGACCGGCGCCGCUGGGCAGAUUGCCUAUUCUCUCCUUUACAGCAUUGCAAAGGGAGAUGUCUUCGGCAAAGAACAGCCCAUCAUCCUUGUCCUGUUGGACAUUACACCCAUGAUGCCAGUUCUGGAUGGUGUUGUUAUGGAAUUGCAGGACUGUGCCCUCCCACUUCUGAGAGAGGUCAUUCCCACCGACAAAGAGGAGGUCGGUUUCAAGGACCUUGACGUUGCCAUCUUGGUGGGCUCUAUGCCCAGACGGGAUGGCAUGGAGAGGAAGGAUCUACUGAAGGCCAACGUUGCCAUCUUCAAGGCCCAGGGAUCAGCCCUGGACAAGUAUGCAAAGAAAACUGUCAAGGUCCUUGUCGUCGGCAACCCAGCUAACACCAACUGCCUGAUUGCUGCCAAGUCCGCCCCAUCCAUCCCCAAGGAAAACUUCUCCUGCCUGACCCGUCUGGACCAUAACAGGGCCCGCUCUCAGGUGGCAAUGCGCUGUGGCAUUCCAGCAGACAGUGUGAAGAAUGUGAUCAUCUGGGGCAACCACUCCUCUACCCAAUACCCUGAUGUACACCACUGCAAGGUUAACAUUAAGGGCAAAGAUGAGGCAGCCUUUGAUGUAGUGGCGGAUGAUGCCUGGCUAAAGGGAGACUUCAUCUCUACAGUCCAGCAGCGUGGAGCUGCGGUGAUCAAGGCCAGGAAGCUGUCCAGCGCCAUGUCUGCUGCUAAGGCCAUCUGCGACCACAUGAGGGACAUCUGGAUCGGCACUGCUGAUGGUGAGUUUAUUUCAAUGGGUGUCUACUCCUCUGGCAACUCUUAUGGUGUUCCUGAUGACCUAAUCUACUCAUUCCCUGUUACUAUCAAGAAUAAGAGCUGGAAGAUUGUUGAUGCACUGCCAAUCAACGAGUUCUCCCGCGCCAAGAUGGACGCCACUGCAGCUGAACUGGUAGAGGAGAGGGACACAGCAGUCGCCUUCUUGUCCGCUUGACUAGAGCCCCAACUACCGACACCACAGCACUUAGGCAGCCAGAAACCUCCAGACCCUCGUCUGUGAAGCACUCCUAACAGUUCUGUAUGCAAUACAGUGUAUGUGCGCGCGAAUGUAUGUGUUUGUGAGUCAUUUGUGAACUAAUAUACAUUGACAUUUCAUCUGUUACACAAAUGGAACAGGUCCAUAUUCAAAACCUGGGAGGAAUGUUUCUUUAGCUGAGAAUGAUGCACUAGAUGUACAGUCACUGUAACGGUUCAUUACUGAGUCCAACCAUUAAAAAAACAAAGUCCAA